UUGGCUCACUUUCGGGCGUCUAAGACCCUUGAGCAAAUGAAGUGAAACGAAUUCACCUUUAGAAGUAACAAGUAUGAUUCAACAACAGGUAAAAAAUAUCUGUUCGAGAAAAUAUUAGCCAUGUUAGCUUGCUAGGACUACACUAGCGCAAGUUAGCAUAGCAGGAAUAUAAACAAACCUGUGAUCGAGUGUUACGUUCAUAUUAGAAUUUAAGAGACAAAUAGAAGAAAGAAAUGGAUUUUCAACAUAGAGCCGGAGGGAAGACUGGCACUGGUGGAGUUGCAUCAUGGUCAGAGACUAACAGAGAUAGACGGGAGCGUCUCAGACAACUUGCCUUGGAAACAAUAGAUUUGAACAAAGAUCCUUAUUUUAUGAAAAACCAUUUGGGUUCUUAUGAAUGCAAGCUUUGCCUAACGUUGCAUAACAAUGAAGGUUCCUACUUGGCUCAUACUCAAGGGAAGAAACACCAGGCUAAUCUAGCUAGACGAGCUGCAAAGGAGGCAAAAGAAUCACCUCAACAACCAGCACCUGCAAAGCCACGCGUCGACAUAAAGAAGUUUGUUAAGAUUGGUCGCCCUGGUUACCGUGUUACAAAACAAAGAGAAAGAGACACCGGACAACAGAGUUUGCUAUUCCAAAUAGAUUAUCCUGAGAUAGGUGAAGGUAUUGCUCCUCGCCAUCGUUUCAUGUCCGCUUACGAGCAGAAGGUAGAGCCACCCGAUCGUCGCUGGCAAUAUUUAUUAUUUGCUGCCGAACCUUACGAGACCAUAUCGUUCAAAGUCCCCAGUCGAGAAGUAGACAAAAGUGAGGGGAAAUUUUGGGUUUUGUGGAACAAGGAAACAAAACAGUUUUUCUUGCAGUUUAGUUUCAAAGUUGAACCAAAAAUAAUUAAAUUGCCUCCUCCACCCUCUGCUCCCCAACCUCAACGUAGUAAUGUUCCACCUCAGGAUAUGCAUCCUCCACCUCCUUCCAUGAUGCCGCCACCUCCAAGAUCUAUGGGAAUGCCACCGCCCAGUGGCAUGCCACCUAAUUUUCCAUCAAUGCCUCCACCUCCAAUGGGUCAGUUCCAGAUGCCAUCUAGGCCUUCUAUGGCAAUGAAUUUUGUGCCACCACCUCCACCUCCCAUGAUGCGUCCUUCUGGACCACCACCGCCCCCCAUUUCUUCAGUGCGUACUACAGUUAAUGUUGCACCACCACCAGCUCCUCCUAAGUUUGUUCCUCCGCCUCCUCCAGCACCACCCACUGCAUCGUCUAAUGUUGCAGGAAAUCCACCCAUGCCACCUCCUGCCCAAGUGGAAUCGCCACCCUUGUCACCGCCUUCUCCUCCACUGUCAGAUGGGCAAUAGAACAGUGCUUUUACUUUUUAGGCUAUUGAAUUUACAACUGACCAUUUUAACAAUAUUCAUUGUAUAUCUGCCCUAAAAACAUGCAUUAUUUCAUUUGUAAUAAAAAUAAAUAUUUUGAUGAAUUUCA